AUGGAAACAUUAGCUGGAGUGUUAAAUGCUCUCAUAAAUACUACAAUAAACAAGGAUAACGAAGAAAACUUAAUGAAUGUUAAACUUAUUGCAGGAGUUUUGAAGUUCAGUUAUGCAAAGGAGUUUAAGAUAACACGAAUGAGUCAUAGAGUUCAACUUCUUUUAGGAGCAUACCAUAUGACAUUUCCUUUGAAAAGUGUUGACAAAACGAUUGAGAUGAAAUCUGUUCCAUACGUAUGUUAUGGCAAUUGUUUGUACAUUGAGUCAAAAAUAGCUAAUGUCACAGGUAUUUCAGGAGUUAAUAGUAAAGGUUCAGUAGAAUAUAAAUCCUUCUGUUAUGAAGUAAAUUCAAUGUUCAUUCCAAACGUUCCUGUCAUAGCAACUCAUUUAGGUAAAUGGGUUCGCAUUAGUCCUCAUAAUUUGAAAGACAUGCAAUUCAGACUAGUUGACUUUCAAGGAGAGCCUGUAGAACUGAAGGCACCAGUGCGAAUGACUGUUGAAGUUGACUUUUUAGAAAAUAUUAAAUGCAACAGCUUACAAGAGAACUCAGAGCUAAAAAUAUAA